GUAGAGGUGGGACUCGGGAGCGGUCAGUAGGACGUCGUAGAGAAUAGAUCAAUGAACUGAACUGAGUUUUCUGCCAGGGUUGGACAACACUUUGGUAGUAUUAAACCAUAUAGUCUACGCAGUGUAGCCUAUGUCAGGUAGCCUACAGAUGUGACAACGCGACAAGGAAAUUUGGAUCAUAAUCGAAAACGGAAAUACCGGAGUUUAUUUUUUAACCCGGUCGAUAUGCGGAUUUUUUCCAAAUAAACCCACUGGAUUCUAAUAAACGGGUCCGCAUGUAGCUUUAUCCGAUAGUUUUUUUUGUUGGGAAACAAUAUUUUUAUCUCGGAAUAACUGGAUUAGGCUAUCCAGGAUGAUCUUUGCAAAUACUGCCAACCCGUUGAAGAGCACAUAUCGGAAGCAGGUAGGCCAAAAAGCCCUGGCUGGGAUGGUCCAAAACGGUGCCAUAAGUCCCUUGAACGCAUCCAAUUCGAAUGCGCGCACGGCCCACUGUCUUAUCACCUCAGCUAACACGGUCACUAGAAGCGACAGUCGUUAUUAUAAUGUUAUAACACCGUUCACCGAUUGUCGGGUUGCAAAGUCAUGUAGUGCGACUGUCCGUAGCGCACUACACUACAUUUUGGUCAAGUUUGUUCUGUGCAUUAGUGUCCAUUUUAUAUUAUCGGCUUUGUCCUUGAAUUAGCAUUACAGAAUAGCCUAUCUAGCAGAUUUUAUUGUAUUAGGCCCUAAUGGCUUAUAACAACCAUCAUCCAAAUAUAUUGAUUUCUUAAAUAGGAUAACAUUUUUAACAUUCAGAUACCUUCUGAAUGAGCAAUUCGAUGGGUAACUGUUAAUGGGAUAGGCCUAUGUGAUUUAUGAUAGAAUUACGGACUAAUUUACAGAGGAAGAGGGAGAGAGAGAGACCCUCCAUAUGGUCCAGGUAACCCAGGUUUAGAUGCUGAACAUCUAUCAGGCCUACUGCUGUAAUAACAUUGCUAUAAUGUUCACAAGAAGAAUCACCUAUACACUUAACCUACACCGUUUUAUUUCCCCAGCCGUUCAAAUGUAGGCCUAUGAUAUUCUAUCUCAACUUCCUCAAGUCUUGGAGGAGAAAUACAUUAUUUCUUCAGCAUGUUUUGAAUGAAAAUAGGCCACAAAAAUGUAUGGCAUUUAAAUUGUAGUUCAUAUGUCCUAUUUGUUAGAUUCCUUGUAGGACUGAAUAGAAUAGGAAUAGAACAGAAUACUAUAGAGUAGUUAUGAUGAUGCAUAGCUACAGAAGGCCCUGUAGGCCUACUGCAUCUUAGAUUCCUUGUUGGUAUUGUUAGAAUAGAACAUGUUCUGUAUACUGUCGGUCCCGCUCCACCACCUGAGUUAUUUAGGUAGAGUAGGCCUUCUGGUGAGUGGCAUGCUCAGCUUCUGCCUAAUGUGGGUCAGUGUGCUGGAGUGAACAUGGGUGUUCAUGCACCUAUAAUGAGCCUUUUCUGGUUUAGCUACUAAUGCUGUGGUUCUAUACCACUACUCUGUUGUAGUUUACCACUGAUUCAGCUGUCUAGUCCACAAGAUGGAGGUGACUGCGAUUUGUAGCUAUAUCCACCCUGAACGAUUCCAAUUAGUACUGCAGUUGUUCUUUACCACUCCACACUAUAGUUCACCACUGAUUCCAACCUAGAGGUAACAUAGUAAAAGUAAAUCCGGGACACUCCAAUUAGUAUGAUAUGUUAUGGUUCGUAUGGUAUGACUCCCGAGUGGCGCAGUGGUCUAAGGCACUGCAUCGCAGUGCUAGCUGUGCCACUAGAGAUCCUGGUUCGAGUCCAGGCUCUGUCGCAGCCGGCUGGGAGACCCAUGGGCGGCGCACAAUUGGUCCAGCGUCGUCCAAGGUAGGGGAGGGUUUGGCCGGCAGGGAUGUGGGUUCGUUUCCUACGUGGGGCCAGUAUGAAACAAAACAAACAAAAAAACAUGUAUGCAUUCACUAACUAAGUCGCUCUGGAUAAGAGCGUCUGCUAAAUGACUAAAAUGUAAAUGUAUUAAUUUGUGGAUGUCCAUCAUCCAUUUCGUAUGAUAUGUUAUGAAUUGCAAAUCGUACAAUAUGUUACGAAUUGCAAUUCGUAUGAAUUUCCAAAACAUAUGAUAUGUUACGAAUUCCAAUUUGUUGUGGCUAACAUUAGCUAGGUGGCUAAUGUUAGUUAGGCUAGGAGUUAGGGUUACAUUUAGGAGUUAGGUUCAUUAAGGUUAGGGGAAAGGUUAUCUAACAUCCUAAGUAGUUGCAAAGUAGCUAAAAAGUAGUAAGUAGUUGCAAAGUUGCUAAAAUGCUAAAGUUGUCCGUGAUGAAAUUCGAACACGCAACCUUUGGGUUGCUAGACGUUCGCGUUAUACGCCCUAUGCAGAAAUCGUUGUGCCAUUUCCUGGUUGCUAAAACUCCAAUAGUUAGCCUAAUUUCAGUUUCUGACUAAAUAAACUAGUAUAGUGUAGAGAAUCAUUGUACCAUCUAAACCGCUGUGAAAUAUUUUCCAUAAGCAAAUAUAUUGUUGUUUCAGCUGUUUGAAGCUGGGUUACAAAACCGAAAGUAAAAGACGCAAAAACAAAACUUAAGAACGGGAAGCAUAGAAAUAGUGCACAUAGAACAUAUCUACCGCUUCUUAGACUUGCUUUCAAGUAGAAUGAUAGAUCUAUAACUCACAUUUCUAUGUGAAUUUGAUCGGGUCGCCCAAAAGUUACAUAUUGCCGCUUUAAGUAACCUUCUGUCUUAUGUAACCAUACCAAACUUAACAUAUACUAAUUUCAGUGUCCCCGAUUUAUAUUUACUAUGUUACGUCUAGUCUAUGAGACCAGGCUGCUGAUUCAACCAUCUAGUCCACAAGAUGGAGGUGAUUGUGUGUAGAUUCUGUGGGUAGGCUUAGUUUAUCUCCCCCCGUAAAAAUAUAUCCAUAGGCAUAAUAAUCUGGUGGUUCAGAAUUAGUUAUGCAAUGGUUCUUCAUUCUUUGCUUCUUCAGUGAUUCUAGUCCACAAGAUGGAGGUGAUUAUGUGUGCAUUCUGUGGGUAGGUUUAGGAUAUCUCUGUCCUAAACAUUUACAUUUACAUUUACAUUUUAGUCAUUUAGCAGACGCUCUUAUCCAGAGCCUAAACGAUAUCAAUAGGCCUAGCCCUAAUUCAUAGUGGUGGCCAUCUUAAUGUAAUUUAGCUCACCAUUUUGUUUUGGUAAAUAUGCACUCAAAUGGUGGAAGGCAGAACAUGUUUUCUUAAUUCACAGAUUAAUUGGUCUGCCGCAUGCCAUUCUAGAUUUUUGUAGAGUGGCUUCUGCGGGGUUGGAGCUAUUUUAAUUAAUGAGUAAGAGGAAGGAAAUGCCUUGCAGAGGAGGGCUCUGGUUUGCCUCAGAGAAUGUGUGGUAGUUUCCCACUGACACACCAGAACAGACUGUAGUACUAGGAAGGAACCGUGCUGGAAGGAGCGUAGACAGCACCCCACGCAAGAAUGUCACCAGGGAAAUAGCCUAGCAGCAGGUAGCCUAGCAGCAGGUAGCCUAGCGGUUAGACUGAAAGGUCGUUAGUUCGAAUCCCUGAGCUGAAAAGGUGACAAAUGUGUUAAUGUUCCCUUGAGCAAGGACAAAUCUGUUAAUGUUCCCUUGAGCAAGGCACUUAACCCUAAUUGUUCCAGGGUUGCCGUGAAUAAUGGGGGAGUUGGGAUAUGCAAAAAAACACAUUUUCAAAUCACAUGUGUAUAAUACACACUUGUACAUGUGAAAUAGGACAAAUAUAAGCACCCAUUAUUAUAACCUAUAGUGCAUUGUGCUAUGCAUAGAACCAGGGUAAGUAGUUGUUCCUGACCAUGUGACCAGGAAAAACUCCUGCCCCUAUUCAUCUCACUAUAUUUCACUGCCGACAUCUUGGACCUUGGUGAAAUGGAAAAACUCCAUGCUAGAAAACUCUAGAAAGAACAGUAGUGCUGAAUCUCUUUUCGCCAGGCAUAAUGGGACCCAUGUCAUCCCAAAAAGUUAUACUUUUGACUCAUCUGUCCAUAGAACAUUCUUCCGAGAGUCUUGAUGAUCAUCCAGGUGCUUUUUGGCAAACUUCAGUAAACUUUUUGGAUGAGAUGGGUCCCAUUAUGUCUGGUGAAAACCAAACACUGCAUUCCACAAUAAGAACCUCAUACCAACGGUCAAGUAUGGUGGUGGUAGUGUGAUGGUUUGGGGAUGCUUUGCUGGCUCAGGACCUGGACGACUUGCCUUAAUAGAAGGAACCAUGAAUUCUGCUCUGUAUCAGAUAAUUCUACAGGAGAAUGUCAGGCCAUCCAUCUGUGAGCUGAAGCUGAAGCGCAGCUGGGUCAUGCAGCAAAACAAUGAUCCAAAACAUACGAUCAAGUCUACAUGAAAAUGGUUAAAAAGCAACACAUUUGAAGUUUUGGAAUGGCCUAGUCAAAGUCCAGACCUAAUCCCAAUUGAGAUGUUGUGGCAGGACUUGAAAGGAGCAGUUCAUGCUUGAAAACCCACAAAUAUCGCUGAGUUAAAGCAGUUCUGCAUGCAAGAGUGGGCCAAAAUUCCUCCACAGCGAUGUGAGAGACUGAUCGACAACUACAGGAAGCAUUUGGUUGCAGUCAUUGCAGCUAAAGGUGGCACAACCAGUUACUGAGUGUAAGGGGGCAAUUACUUUUCACACAGGGGAAUUGAGUGAUGCAUACUGUAACUUUGUUAAUUAAAUAAAUAAAAUAAGUAUAUUUUUUUUUGUUAAUUGUAAACUCAGGUUCCCUUUAUCUAAUAUUAGAUUUUAGUUUAAGAUCUGAUAACAUUCAGUAUCAAAAAUAUGCAAAAAUAGAGAAAAUCAGAAAGGGGACAAAUACUUUUCCACGGCACUGUGUGUGUAUGUAUAUAUAUAUAUUAUUUUGUUGUUCAAUGUAAUAUAUAUAUUACACUGAACAAAAAAUAUAAACGCAACAUGUAAAGUGUUGGCCCCAUGCUUCAUGAGCUGAAAUAAAAGAUCCCAGAAAUGUUCCAUAUGCACAAAAAGCUAAUUUCUCUAAAAUGUUGUGCACAAAUUUGUUUACAUCCCUGUUAGUGAGCAUUUCUCCUUUGCCAAGAUAAACCAUCCAUCUAACAGGUGUGGUAUAUCAAGAAGCUAAUUAAACAGCAUGAUCAUUACACAGGUGCACCUUGUGCUGGGGACAAUAAAAGGCCCCUCUAAAAUGUGCAAUUUCAUCACACAACAACAUGCUAAAAAUGUAUCAAGUUCUGAGGGCGCGUGCAAUUGGCAUGCUGACUGCAGGAAUGUCCACCAGAGCUGUUGCCAGAGAAUUUAACGUUCAUUUCUCUACCAUAUUCCGCCUCCAACUUUGUUUUUGAGAAUUUGGCAGUACGUCCAACCGGCCUCACAACCUUAGACCACGUGUAUCCAUGCCAGCCCAGGACCUCCACAUCCGGCUUCUUCAACUGCGGGAUCGAGUGAGACCAGCUUCCCAGACAGCUGAUGAAACUGUGGGUUUGCACAACCGAAGAAUUUCUGCACAAACUGUAAGAAACCGUUUCAGGGAAGCUCAUCUGCAUGCUCAUCAUCCUCACCAGGGUCUUGACCUGAAUGCAGUUUAGCGUCGUAACCGACUUCAGUGUGCAAAUGCUCACCUUCGAUGGCCACUGGCACGCUGGAGAAGUGUGCUCUUCACAGAUCAAUCCCGGUUUUAACUGUAUCGGGCAGAUGACAGACAGCUUUUAUGGCAUCGUGUGGGCGAGCGGUUUGCUAAUGUCAACGUUGUGAACAGAGUGCCCCAUGGUGGCGGCGGGGUUAUGGUAUGAGCAGGCAUAAGCUACGGACAAUGAUCACAAGUGUAUUUUAUCGAUGAUCCUGAGGCCCAUUGUCAUGCCAUUCAUCCGCCACCAUCACCUCAUGUUUCAGCAUGAUAAUGCACAGCCCCAUGUUGCAAGGAUCUGUACACAAUUCCUGGAAGCUGAAAAUGUCCCAGUUCGUCUAUGGCCUGCAUACUCAUCAGACAUGUCACCCAUUGUGCAUGUUUGGGAUGCUCUGGAUCGACGCGUACGACAGCAUGAUCCAGUUCCCGCCAACAUCCAGCAACUUCGCAUAGCCAUUGAAGAGGAGUGGGGCAACAUUCCACAGGCCACAAACAACAGCCUGAUCAACUCUUUGUGAAGGAGAUGUGUCGCAAAUAGUGGUCACACCAGAUACUGACUGGCUUUCUGAUCCACGCCCCUACCUUUUUUUAAAGGUAUCUGUGACCAACAUAUGCAUAUCUGUAUUCCCAGUCAUGUGAAAUCCAUAGAUUAGGGUCUAAUGAAUUUAUUUCAAUUGACUGAUUUCCUCAUAUGAACUGUAACUCAGUAAAAUCUUGCAUUUAUAUUUUUGUUCACUGUGUGUGUGUGUGUAUAUAUAUAUAUAUAUAUAUAUAUAUAUAUAUAUAUAUAUAUAUGGGGAUUAGAAAUAAAUAUAUAUAUAUAUAUAUAUAGAGAGAUAUUUUUUUAAAGAUUAGUAGUGCUUUUUUCUUUUUAGCUUGACAUGCUAUUUUAGCCUUUAUAUUAAUCAGUCGUAUUAACCCUAACCACAUUUUUAUUUUUUUAUUUAACCUUUAUUUAACUAGGCAAGUCAGUUAAGAACAAAUUCUUAUUUACAAUGACGGCCUACACCGGCCAAACCCGGACGACGCUGGGCCAAUUGUGCGCCGCCCUAUGGGACUCCCAAUCACGGCCGGUUGUGAUACAGCCUGGAAUCGAACCAGGGUGUCUGUAGUGACGCCUCAAGCACUGAGAUGCAGUGCUUUAGACCGCUGCGCCACUCGGGAGCCCAAUAUUAACCACAUGACAUAUAGCUGAUGCACUAGCUCAACAGAUUACACAAACUCACCUCUACUGUCAGUUGUAGCAGGGCCGUGUAGUGUGACUACUGCUGACAACUACUAUAUGCCCUCCAGUGGUGUAAAGUACUUAAGUAAAAAUACUUUAAAGUACUACUUAAGUCGUUUUUGGGGAUAUCUGUACUUUACUAUUUAUAUUUUUGACAACUUUUACUUCACUACAUUCCUAAAGAAAAUAAUGUACUUUUUACUUAAUACAUUUUCCCUGACACCCAAAAGUACUCGUUACAUUUUGAAUGCUUAGCAGGGCAGGAAAAAGGUCAGUUUACACACUUAUCAAGAGAACAUCCCUGGUCGUCCCUACUGCCUCUGAUCUGGUGGACUCACUAAACACACAUGCUUCAUUUGUAAAUUAUGUCUGAGUGUUGGAGUGUGCCACUAGCUAUCUGUACAUUUCAAAAACAAGAAAAUCAUGCUGUCUGGUUUGCUUAAUAUAAGGAAUUUGAAAUUAUUUACUUUUAUACUUAAGUAUAUUUUAGCAAUUACAUUUACUUUUGAUACUUAAGUAUAUUUAAAAACGAAAUACUUUUAGAAUUUUACUGGGUGACUUUCACUUUUACUUGAGUCAUUUUCUAUGAAGGUAUCUUUACUUUUACUCAAGUAUGACAAUUGGGUACUUUUCCCACCACUGAUGCCCUCAAGUUAGUGUAGGAGCGAUUGUGUGUACCUCCCAGUGGUGAGUCAGUUGAUUAGGGCAUGAGUCAAAUAAUCUACACACAUACAUCCUUGUUAUUUCCCUGCUGCACUCACACAUUAUAUCACAAUACAAAUUAGAAUGUCAUCAUGGUUUAGAUAUCCAAAACCGGAUGGGAAAUUGCUUGAUAAGAUGGAAUACACUGUACUUGAAAAAACACAUAAUGAUGUGUUUAUAGUUUACGUGAAAUAGAAUCUAAAUCUCACGUCACCAGCUAAGAAUGGCACGCGAGCCUAUCAUGUCAUAAGCUUAGGUUGAUUCAGUUAAGCUAUAGUCUAGCUUGGGGGGAAUGCACUGCUUUGCCUUGCGUGCCAGGAAGGUGAUGCUAGGUAUAUAUCUGAGCCUUGUUGACAGUCUGUGGGUCUUAUCAUUGAAGUGCCAGCUACCAGCAUCUCACCUUGAGUAAAAGCAUGAAGAAUAUAAUGAUACUGUGUACGUUUCCUGCCUGUAUUGACAUGACUUUAGACUGUUAUGUGUCUAGGAAUCCACUGAGGUUGUUGUGUGCCUAUGGGGAGGGGGGAUUUCCUAAAUUCCCAGAUUUAUUUUCUGGGUGUGGCACAAAGACCACACUGGAGGCCAUGUUUCAUAUUUGCAUAGGCAAGGGACACCAGUUUGUCUCUGUGUGUGGGUGUGUCUUUGUCUGCGUGCCGGUGUGUGUAUUUACCGGUGUGUGUGUAGGUGUGUGUGUGUUUAGUCAGUGACAUUGUGUGUGCCUGAUGUCCUCUCUUGUCUCUCUCCUGUGUAAAUACCAUAUACUGUAGCUACAAAUAUGUCUGAGUUGAAACUCGUCUCUAGUCUGUCUAGGAUUUCCAUUUCUUUCCCGGGUUGAGGCACAAACACCACUGUUUAGACGGAGGACAACGGAGUGACAGUGUGUUUACUGUGUACCUGACAGUGUCUUGUCUCUUCCUCCAGUCGUACCCCAUGGCUCCAGCCAGCCCCAGCACGGUGAGCACCAGCAGCAACAGUAGCACCACAGGAUGGGACCAACUCAGCAAAACGAACCUGUACAUCCGCGGCUUGCCCCCAGCAACCACUGACCUGGACCUGGUCAAGCUCUGUCAGCCGUGAGUACACAGUAUACACACACACGUCUACACAAGCACUGACUGACUGACACACAUUAUUAUGAUGAAUUAGAACUGCUUGUACCAACUAUAUAUGGCAAUACCAUAUUAAUGUGGACCAUGCAUGAACCAAGCAUACAGUCCACUAGCUAGCACCACUCCAACCAACUAAACCAUGGGAACCAAGGAUUAACCAACUGUGUUUACAUGAUACUGUAUCUGUAGAGACUAGAGAUUAGGGAAAGUGACUGUUUUCUACAGUAUUGGGAUUUGUGAAUGCAGCGAUUGUCAUGUAUGGUUGGGUUUGUCUCUGUGCGCCUCUGGCCUCUGCUGGACCACAAGCAUAUGGAGCGAAGCGUUCAACCAUGUUACCAGGGGCAACAGCCACUGUUGCUGUGUUGUUUGCUUGUGUUUUGCUCCCAACGGUGUUCGCCUGCUCGCUGGCACAAAGCAGAAAUGAAAGAACCUUUCAUUGCAAACAGGCUAAUGUUAGCCAAGCAUUUAGUUCAACCAAAGCAUGAUGCACGUCCUUAAAAUACCAGUUCCGCAAAACGGCUUUGCAUCAUUUCAACUCGGGCAUUUCUGUCUGAGUUUGAUCAUAGUUUCUGGCACAGGCUGUGUUUCAAGUACUGUAACAUGGAGUGUUGACAUGAACAACUAGUUAGGCUAUGCUAGGCAUCUAUUGUUUUCUCUUUGGACUAACGUUAGGCUACUCUUUGACAUAAUGUUUAUCAUCUAUUUAUAUAUCUACAUCCCACCACACAUAUUUGACAUAUUCUGACAACAGGAUGUAUGUAGCUAGGUCCCUUUGUGGGGAGUCAACUUUGUUAUUUUUACAGUGCCCAAAGCUUUCAGAGAUUUAUACAUAUAUGUGUAUGCUACUGUGUAAAUACUAUAAUGUGUGUUUGCAUGGAUUGCAUUAACCUCUUGUCUUUAGUCUGUUGUAAUUAUUGACAUCGUUCAGUGACUCGGCAGUGCCUUUUAGUAUGCCAGUUAGUAUGAGGGUUAAUGUGGUUAAAGAUACAAUGUGGUUAAAGAUACAAUAAUGAAUUGAUUCUCUUAAAUGAGUCUACUGAAAAAACAUGGUGUGCUGUGUGGUCAUCUGGCUCAAUAUGUUCCCUCCAAGCCUCACAACCCGGUUGCCUCACACAGCUUAAAUGGCUGCCUUUUUCUUAGCGAUGAUGUCAUGCAUUCUUGUGCAAGCUGAGCGUUCUGACUCCCAGCCCUUGUUAUAUAAGUUUAGCAGUAGAUAGACACUGUCUCUGUCUAUGAUAUAUGGCAUACAGUAUUCUUUUAAUGAAUUUGUAUAUUAGCAGGCAAAAUUAACCCCCCCAGCAAGCAAAACUGCGAAAGUGGUUGAAAUGACGUAACUACAACCAUAUUUGAGUUGUAAACUGAUUGUAUUGACGUCAUUUCAACCAGACUUACCCUUUGGGCCUUCAUAACACAUACUGUACCAAAUAAAGAGGAUCGGUAGAUUGAAAUAUAGUUUGACCUUUAAAACAAUCAUGUAUGCAUAUUGUAAUGAUAAUCAAUACAAUUAAAGGAUAAGAGAGCAACAUCCUGUUAUUAACAUUUGAUUCUUCUUGUGUUCAUAGAUAUGGCAAGAUCGUAUCGGCAAAGGCUAUCCUCGAUAAAACAACUAACAAAUGUAAAGGUCAGUAUCAUGUAUUCCAAUAUUUAUCUCCAUUUAUCCAAUUUAUCUAAAGAAAUGAUAUAUAUUUUACUGUUGUCAGAUAGUACCACACACUGGUCUGCUACACAGAAAAUGCAUUUGCGAUGUAAUGUAAAGCAAACUAAUAUCAAGUUGUAGUAUUGUGAAUGACGGUUGUUUCUGUCCUCCCCCACUACUCCAGGGUAUGGUUUUGUGGACUUUGACAGCCCUGCUGCAGCACAGAAGGCGGUCCAUGCUCUGAAGACCAGUGGGAUACAAGCCCAGAUGGCUAAGGUGAGAGGAGCCCUGUGUUCUUCUGGUAGCAGGACAACAUUGGCCCCUAGGUCUGUCUCUGCUGUUUUGUGAAUUACAAUGACAGAUAAUAUGGAGCAGUAGACUGUGAGUGUGUAUGUGUGUGUGUGUGCGUGCGUGCAUUUGUUUGCUUUCUGUGUGUGUGUAUGUGUACAAUGUAUGUGUGUGUGUGUAUGUAAAGCAGAGCAGCAGAGUCAGUCACAUGACCCCAGCUGACUGGCUGUUCAGUCGGUGACCCCAUUCACGAUCUCUACUGAAGCCAGAUGUCCUCCCUUCCCUCUCCCGCUCGCUGCCAGAAAACAGUCGGUCGGCACGCACAGAACAGGACGGACAGCUUUCUGCUGCUACACAAAUAUUAUGACUGUCUGUCUCGUCGCACAGCAACUGAUCUGGGCUAGGAUACUCCCAGUUAGCAUUUUAUGCUGUGUUAUGAGUUAGCAUGUUAUGCUAACGUUCCAUGACCAAUUACUGAUGUUAUGCUUAUUAGUUUUUAUACUUCUUUGGUGAAAUAGGGUGGUAUUUUUUUCAGCCUCAACCUAUGAUUUGAACUACUCCUCUCCUCCAGUGGUGGAAAAAGUACCCAAUUGACAUACUUGAGUAAAAGUAAUAAUAGAAAAUGACUCAAGUAAAAUUAAGUCACCCAGUAAUAUUCUACUUGAGUAAAAGUCUAAAAGUAUUUGGUUUAAAAUAUACUUAAAAGUACAAAUCUCUUCAAAUUCCUUAUAUUAAGCAAACCAGACGGCACCAUUUUCUUGUUUUUUUAAUUUACAGAUAGCCAGGGUCACACUCCAACAUUCAGACAUAAUUUACAAACGAAGCAUGUGUGUUUAGUGAGUCUGCCAGAUCAGAGGCAGUAGGGACGACCAGGGAUGUUUCGUUGAUAAGUGCUUGAAUUGGACAAUUUUCCUGCCCUGCUAAGCAUUCAAAAUGUAACGAGUACUUUUGGGUGUGAAAACGACUUAAGUAGCACUUUAAAGUAUUUUUACUUAAGUACUUUACACCACUGCUCUCCUCCCUCUCCCAGUUUCACCGGUUACACUUUUCCAUAGAAAUGUUUCUCUGUCAGCACAUUUUCUUUUUCUCUCUCUCUCUCUCUCUCUCUCUCUCUCUCUCUCUCUCUCUCUCUCGACCUGUCUAGCUAGCUCCUGUGUUUCUGCCGAGGCCAGCAGAACACAGUGUGUCUGUAUGGUAGCUGCAUAACUGUACUGCUUAGCUGUUUAGCUCGUAAUGCUAACGAUGGGAAUGGCAUAGGGAGAACAGAAGCAGUUGUUAAAUCUAUGGAGAGGAUGCCUAGAAAAAGAGACCAGUCGCCAUUAUGAGCAAAUCAAAGGCCAUAGAAACUCAAGUCCUUGAUAACGCAUUUACAGAGUUGUUGACGGAAGACCCCACAUGCCCUGGAUGUGACCGUCACUAAGGCAACACACAGCCCUAGCUAACUCAUGUUCAGUUGUGUUUUUUUAAUCCUGGCUUGGAUAUCCACAAAGACUCAAAUCGUGUCAACGCAUAAUUGUAAUCAGAGUGAAAUAUUCAUGUAAUUGUCCUCAAGUGCUAUUGUGUUUUAAGUUGGUGUUGCUGUCCAAAUUACCUUUGAUUCUUUGGAGGAAAAUGAUCCUAAUACUUCUCUAUCCAUUUCUCUGUCCCUCUCUCUAAGCAGCAACAGGAGCAGGACCCCACCAACCUGUACAUCUCCAACCUGCCUGUGUCUGUAGAUGAGCAGGAACUGGAGGGCCUGCUGAGACCUUUUGGACAGGUCAUCUCCACACGCGUCCUCAGAGACUACAGCGGGGCCAGCAGAGGGGUCGGCUUCGCCAGGUGAGAACAUCUCAAUGCUCAGUAACAGUUUGACGGAGCACCGUGUUGGUAACUCGAAGGGUUGUGGCUUCAAAUCCUGCUACUUUUUCUAAUUUAGGUCCCAUUCAUUUAUGUGUGACAUAUGUCUAUUAUUCUCAGGAUGGAGUCCAAGGAGAUGUGUAACUCAGUCAUAACCCACUUCAAUGGGAAGUUUAUCAAGACGGCGCCUGGAACUAUGGGUAAGACCUAUAUUCUCUUAUACUGUCUUAUGCUUUGGGGUGCAAUGCUCCCUUUUUGUUUUUGCUAAUGAUGAUGAUGAUGGUGAGGAUGAUGGGUUUUUCCUCUCCAGCUCCAUCUGAGCCCCUGCUGUGUAAGUUUGCUGAUGGUCAGAGGAAGAGGCACAGCCACAGUCCCUACAUUCCCGGCGGUCGCACAUGGCCCCGAGAGGGAGAGCUCAGACUUGUAAGUGCCUCUCUGUCCGUCUCGUCUGUCUGGAUGUCUCUGUGGGUGGACCCACAACUGCACGUUUUCUCUCCCUGCCAGGCUUCUUGCUCCUGUUGUCAGACACACAGCUGGUGAACAAGUCAGACUAUUACAGUAUCUAAAAAUGGGACGUAAAUGUGCAGUAGCUAGUUGAAAUACUUCUCCCAAAUCACUGACUAAAUAAUAAAGGCCAUCUUAAGAAUAAAUGCAUUACCUAAUUUCUAGUGUUGACUGACUUGCCCAGGGCCUAGUGUUAAUCCUAUCCUGAGAGACCAGUUCAUUAGAGAAGGGGUUCCCAAAUCUUCUCACUUGCCCCCCUUCCAGCAUUCGGGAACAUCCCGCGUCCCCCCUGCGCUCGAGCACACGCGCCACGUCUAUUUCUAUGGGCACAAGCACAAGUUCAUGACCAGUGGUGUAAAGUACUUAAGUAAAAAUACUUUAAGGUACUACUUAAGUAGUUUUUUGGGGUACCUGUACUUUACUAUUUAUAUUUUUGACAACUUUUACUUUUACUUCACUACAUUCCUAAAGAAAAUAAUGUACUUUUUACUCCAUAUAUUUUCCCUGACACCCAAAAGUACUUGUUAUAUUUUGAAUGCUUAGCUUGACAGGAAAAUGGUCCAAUUCACACACUUAUCAAGAGAACAUCCCUGGUCAUCCCUACUGCCUCUGAUCUGGUGGACUCACUAAACACACAUGCUUCGUUUGUAAAUGAUGUUGGAGUGUGCCCCUGGCUAUCCAAAAAAAUUAAUUAAAUUGUGCCGUCUGGUUUGCUUAAUAUAAGGAAUUUGAAAUAAUUUAUACUUUUACUUUCACUUUUGUACUUAAGUAUAUUUGAGCAAUUACAUUUACUUUUGAAACUUGAGUAUAUUGAAAACCAAAUACUUUUAGACUUUUACUCAAGUAGUAUUUUACUGGGUGACUUUACUUUUACUCAAGUAUGACAAUCGGGUACUUUUUCCACCACUGUUCUUGACACAAACUGUUCACACCCCUCUUGUUGGUGGAGUAAAUUUUGCAGGUUUAAAGCUUAUUUCCUGCAAUACUACACAAUUAUACCGGCGCCCCACCUGCCGACCCCAGGGGGGCGCGCCCCACAGUUUAGGAACCACUACAUUAGAGCAUAGCCCAUUACAGAUCAUAGUACUGAUUGAAUAGCUGGUAUUGUGAUGCUAAUGUAACGGCUAGAUGAUAAGGAUCUGGUUUUGUGUGACAGUUGCGUUUUGUCCUACCAGGGCGGGAUGACUCUCACCUACGACCCCACCUCAGCUGCUAUGCAGAACGGCUACUAUGCCUCUCCCUACACCCUGACGGCCAAUAGGAUGAUGGCUCAGCAAGCCAUGUCUCCCUACAUGUCUCCUGUCACCUCCUACCAGGUAGGCACAUCAUUAAUUAAAUAUAAAUGAUCAAAUAAAGAUGAUAGUCGCUUUGGAUGAGACCGUCUGCUAAAUUACUAAAAUGUAAAUGUAAUGUAUGUAAAAAUGAAGAAUGUGGCAUGAGGUUAACCCUACCCUUUCAUGUUCUAGGUACAGAAUCCUUCCUGGAUGGCCCACCAGCCAUACAUCAUGCAACACCCGGUAAGAGAAAUGAAACGAUGUCUGUCUUACUCCACACACACAGUGCUAGAAAAUAUGGAGUGUCAGACAUAAUUUGACCACAAAUGGAGUACUACUCUACCCUGGUACAAAAACACAGUGAAAGAAACUAUGUCUUACUCAACUCACAGCACUAUACAUACUGCAAGUAAGCAUUUAGUUGGAUGAUGUAUACCGUGCGUAUCUCGUACAUACGACUAAUAAUACUUGAAACUAAAAUAUGUUACCACAGUUAGUCGGCUACUUCCCUGGUACAAAAACAUAGUGGAAAACAAUAUAUAUACAGUACCAGUCAAAAGUUUGGACACACCUACUCAUUCAAGGCUUUUUCUUUAUUUUUACAAUGUUUUACAUUGUAGAAUAAUAGUGAAGACUUCAAAACUAUGAAAUAACACAUAUGGAAUCAUGUAGUAACCAAAAAGUGUUAAACAAAUCAAAAUAUUUUUUUAUUUGAGAUUCUUCAAAUAGCCACCGUUUGCCUUGAUGACAUCUUUGCACACUCUUGACAUUCUCUCAACCAGCUUCAUGAGUAGUCACCUGGAAUGCAUUUCAAUUAACAGGUGUGCCUUCUUAAAAGUUAAUUUGUGGAAUUUAUUUCCUUCUUAAUGCGUUUGAGCCAAUCAGUUGUGUUGUGACAAGGUGGGGGGUAUACAGAAGAUAGCCCUGUUUGGUAAAAGACCAAGUCCAUAUUAUGGCAAGAACAGCUCAAAUAAGCAAAGAGAAACGACAGUCCAUCAUUACUUUAAGACAUGGUCAGUCAAUCCGGAAAAUUUCAAGAACUUUGAAAGUUUCUUCAAGUGCAGUCGAAACUGGCUCUCAUAGGACCGCCACAGGAAUGGAAGACCCAGAGUUACCUCUGCUGCAGAGGCUAAGUUAAUUAGUAACCAGCCUCAGAAAUUGCAGCCCAAAUAAAUGCUUCACAGAGUUCAAGUCACAGACACAUCUCAACAUCAACUGUUCAGAGGGGACUGUGUGAAUCAGGCCUUCAUGGUCGAAUUGCUGCAAAGAAACCACUACUAAAGGACACCAAUAAAAAGAAGAGACCUGCUUGGGCCAAGAAACAAGAGCAAUGGACAUUAGACCGGUGGAAAUGUGUCCUUUGGUCUGGAGUCCAAAUUUGAGAUUUUUGGUUCCAACUGCUGUGUCUUUGUGAGACGUGGUGUGGGUGAACGGAUGAUCUCCGCAUGUGUAGUUCCCACCGUAAAUCAUGGAGGAGGUGGUGUUAUGGUGUGGGGGUGCUUUGCUGGUGACACUGUCUGUGAUUUAUUUAGAAUUCAAGGCACACUUAACCAGCAUGGCUACCACAGCAUUCUGCAGCGAUACGCCAUCCCAUCUGGUUUGGGCUUAGUGGGACUGUCAUUUGUUUUUCAACAGGACAAUGACCCAGCACACCUCCAGGCUGUGUAAGGGCUAUUUUACCAAGAAGGAGAGUGAUGGAGUGCUGCAUCAGAUGACCUGGCCUCCACAAUCCCCUGACCUCAACCCAGUUGAGAUGGUAUGGGAUGAGUCGGACGGCAGAGUGAAGGAAAAGCAGCCAACAAGUGCUCAGCAUAUGUGGGAACUCCUUCAAGACUGUUGGAAAAGCAUUCCAGGUGAAGCUGGUUGAGAGAAUGCCAAGAUUGUGCAAAGCUGUCAUCAAGUCAAAGGGUGGCUAUUUGAAGUAUAUAUUUUGAUUUGUAUAACAUUUGUUUGGUUACUACAUGAUUCCAUAUGUGUUAUUUCAUAGUUUUGAUGUCUUCACUAUUAUUCUACAGUGUAGAAAAUAGUAAGAAAUUAAGAAAAAACCUUGAAUGAGUAGGUGUGUCCAAACUUUUGCCUGGUACUGUAUAUAUAUAUAUAUUUUUUUUAUCCAGUCGAAUAAACACUCCAAACAGCCUACCCGAACGCUCGGAGGCGUCCGCAUGGUCCUAAAGCACACCGUUACCUGGUUUUCUAUCACAUUCCAAUGAUAAAACUGGGGGGGGGGGCGCAAAAAUGCAAUUUCAGAAUGUGGCGGGGACAUGUCCCCAGUGAAAGUUGCACCCCUGUAUAUAUCUUAUUCCACUGAUAAAAUAUGUUGAGAGGCAGACAUAUCACACAUUACCUCAGUUAAAAAUACCCUGAAUCAAAAACAGAAUGUGUUACUUUAAUCAACGAGUUCUGCUGACGCUGCAGAAUAAACACCCCCAAAAUCUGUGUGGGAAGAGAAGAGAUCAGAACAAAACCGAGCCGAGCCCAGUUCUGGGAACCGGAACAUUCCCUCAUAUUUCAGUGAGGGCGGAACCAAUCAAUUGUUUUGAUUAGGAUUUAAAGGGGAACCUCCCCUGGUGAGUUUAAGCUCUUGAGCUCUUUUCCUUUUAUCAUCUGGAUGUGACACGGUGGAUUAAGGUUGUGUCUGAAUUUGCACCCUAUUCCCUAUAUAGUGCACUACUUUUGACCAGAGCCUGAGACAAAAGCAGAGAGCUCUCUUUUCCUGUAGCUAACUGGGCUCUGGUCAAAAGUCGUGCACUAUGUAGGGAACAGGACAGGGGUAUUCAACUCUUACCCUACGAGGUCCGGAACCUGCUAGUUUUCUGUUCUGCCUGAUAAUUAAUUGCACCCACCUGGUGUCCCAGGUCUAAAUCAGUCACUGAUUAGAGGGGAACAAUUACAAAUGCAGUGGAAUUGGCUUUGAGGUCUAGCGUUGAGUUUGAGGGAAAUAGGGUGUGAUUUGGGACCGAGAUACGACUGUGCCUCUCUGGCCUCUAGCUCUCUGCUCCCACUGCCGUAUGGAGCCAACAGGAAAUGCCUGCAGCAGACAGGGUCUUAUGACUGAAACCAUUUGCAUCUCUUAGCAGAUGGUUUUAAGUAGAACAAGUGUCUGUGUCCGUUUCCCCCCAUUUUGACAAGGAAAUGGUACAUUCCCUCAAGGCGUUUUGGCUUAUACAGAUGGCCUAAGGCCUAAAAAAUAUGUAUUUUCAGGGGGUGCAGCGGGCGUUACAUUUUUUUAGCUGAGCCUGUCUGAUUAAUCGAACUAACUUAAAGUCACAUGUUACACUUGAUUAGUGCUUUUUGAGGUCGAUUCGGUUUCUGUUCGAUUCAACAACAAAAAAAUCACGGUUUUCGGUUUCUAUUAUUUAUUUUUACAUGAAAUGCACUAUGCAGUAUGUGGGUUGAAUGCUGUAACAACACAGAAUAAAACUAUUAAUAAAAGUCCCAUGAUGGUAGUGACUGACCAUUACUGCUUAUCUCUUAUUAACCAUAAUUUAUUCAAAUGACUAGAGUUUAAUAAAAUAUUUUAUUCGAUUACUUUAUUAUUUUAUUCCAAGUCACUAUCUCAUCUCUAUAAAUCUGCUACCUAUCCUUUCUGACAAAACUAUUUUAGUAGUUCUUCAAAGUAAAUAAGGCAUACUUUUAUGACUGCUGAAAACCAACUAUCAAUCACUAAGAUCAUGCAUUUUCAAUCUUGCAAAGCAACUGAUUUCUAUCCCUCUCGUUCUCUGUUCUCUCUUCUCUGUCUCCAUGUCUGCUCCGCACAGAUCGGACAAGUUUAAACCUGGCACGCAAUGGAUUAUGGUCAUUGUAGUUAAUUACCAUGUUUUCUGCGCUAAACUAUGUAGAAUAUUGGCCUGUUGGAAACUACAACUCCCUACUACAUCGCACAGUUCAGGCUUGAUCUGAUUUAUCUCUACAGAAACUGCACUUCGAGCUCACAAAAAAAACGAAUGAAAUGGAAUUCAAAUAAUUGAACCAACGUCGGUCAAUUAGUUGUUUAAAAAAUAAAAAAUUACCGACAUUUCGGUUAAUCGCUCAGCACUACACUUGGUAGUGUAAUUACGUCUAACCAGUCCCUAUUCAGCCCUGUACAGAAUCAGUGUUAUGAAUGAUUUAUGAAUCAGUUAUUACAGUUAAACCUAACCACAAAUUCCAAUCAUUUUAAAGCCAGGCAUUUUUACCUACAGACCUUCCAUUGAUCCUCAAUGUAUUUGAGUAUAAGGAUGACCUUGUAUUGAUACUAGAAUUAUAAUCUCUCUCUCUCUCUCUCUCUCACUAUCCCCCCCUCUCUCUUUCUCUCUCUCUGCUACAGCAGGCUGUAAUGUCACCCUCUAUGGACCACUCCAUGUCAAUGCAGCCCACUGCCAUCAUGACACAGCAGAUGGGCCAUCUGUCAUUGGGCAGCAGUGGAGCGGUGAGGGGGAUUCUGGGAAGGGGGAGGUGCAAUUUAGUUAGUCUCAUAUUACCUGAUGCAAACUCAGAUCUAAACAAGUGCACAGAGGCUAAGGACUAGGGGGAGAUUUGGGAUUGGGUGAAAAUGAGUUGGCUACCUUCCAAGGGGUUCAGUAUCCCUUAAAUCACGAUUUGAGCUAAUCUAAAAUAUUGUUUUUUUUCUUGUGACAGCAGUAUAUUUCAGCCAACGCUGCAGUCCAGGCAGCCUAUAUCCCUCAGUACGCCCACAUGCAGCAGACAGCCGUAAGUUCUGAGGUUUGUCUUUGCCAUCUCAUCGGGUUGAUCUCCUCUCAUUCAUUCAUGUCUCAUCAUGAGUACAGCCAUUUUACAUCAAAUGUUACAUCCAAUACCAUUACUUACUUGAUGGUGCUAAUACCAGAUAUUAAGAUGUGAAUUUACACAGUUUGUCCCUCUUCAGGAAAAUGGUUCACAGCAGCAAGUGGAUUCGUCCAACAAUUCGUCUCCCUACAGUCAACAGAGCAAGUAACGAUAAGGUAUGUGCUUCCUUAUGAGUCCCUUUAUGAGAUGGAAGUGAUCGUUUUAGUGGUACUGUAGCACUGCUAAUAGUAGGAGUCACAAGAGGUUGGUGGCACCUUAACUGGGGAGAACGGGCUCGUGGUAAUUACUGGAGCGGAAUCAGUGGAAUGGUAUCAAAAACAUCAAACAUAUGGUUUCUAGGUGUUUGAUGCCAUUCCAUUUGCUCCGUUCCGGCCAUUAUUAUGAGCCGCUCAGCAGCCUCCACUGGUAGGAGUAGUGAUCCUGAUUGUGUUGUGUGUUGUCAGGUGACUUCUGUGAGCAGUAAUGGAUGCUGUGGGCACUGACUCAUGAUGUCACAGCCACUCCUGAUUGGACCAGACCAGACUUCAGUAAGAACUCUUUUGCACAGCUUCAACCAAACAACUGUGUAUGAUGGAACCAACAGCAAUGAUACUAUGGUGUGUAAAACGACGAUAAAGGUGUAAAAAUGGACAAAACCAACAAUUAUUCCCCCCUUCAAAAAACAGGAAAAAAUAAGUUUUAUUUUGAUAAAUGAAAAGACGUGUAUUUUUUACCACGGAUUCUCCAAGUGGAUGCAAUGGGGCAAGUAGCCUACAGCGUGAUGUUAAAAGAUGCAUGAGAUUGUUUUUGUUUUUUUUAAGAAUCUGUUGAUUUCCAAUGGGUUUAAUAGGUAGUUUAUUAGUCAAGAUAUAUGAUGAAAAAGAUGUUGCUUGCAAAAAGUGUUCAUUUGGUGAGGUGUUACUGGUUUAUAUUUUUGGUCUUUAUAAGAUAUUUUCUUUGAAAUUAGGCUUUUAGGGUUAAUGUCUGACAUGAUUUUCUGUAUCAGAUUAAAUAUGUAGGAUUGGCCGUUUGGCAGCUGUCAAUCAAUAUAUGGAUAGAGAACUGAUGAAGAAGUAGACAUUUUGCCAAAUAGAUGAUGGGUUGGAUAAUGUGCCUUCCUCUAACAUCAUAAUAGUCAUUGAACAUAGCCUGGCAGAAUCCAAACUGAUUCACUGUUUCACUUCAUUGUGAUCACAGUAUUCAGUCUGGUCUAACCAGGCUACAUUAAAAAGAACACCCACUCUUAAUUAGAACUACUGUCAGUCCAUAGGAAGUUCUCUUUAGAUUUGACAGUGUAGGUGUCUUGUUUUAAUUUGUCAUAUUUCACACACAACCAGGGAUGUGGACCUCCAUCAAAUGCUACACGUACUGAUCUCAUCUCCCCAACUAAGACAAUAUAGCCUACAAUCGAAAUAAAAAGCACAGACAGAUUUAAAAGAAGUGCAAGCUUGAAAUUGUGAGGUAACAUCAAGACGGUUUUAUUUUUUCUCUGCUAUUUUUUACUUCUACAGAUACAGUAAUAUUAAUAAAAAAUGCUUAACUUUAAUGAUGAAAUUACAAUCUGUUUUACUUUACGCUAAAUUGAUGGGGUUGUCUUGAAAGAAAAUACACAUUUUUGCUCUAAUGGUCAUCUUGACCAUGUGUGGUCAUGUGUGACUGGUUUUAUCUACCUCAGAGUUCUGUCUGGGCUGGUAUGGUUGGGUUUGCAGGUCCAGCCCGCCUCACCAGAGAAGAACACAAAGGCCUGCGGACCAAAUCGCACCCUUUUCCUUAUGGACUGCAUUACUUUUGACCAAUAGGCUUUUCCCAUAGGGCUCUGGUCAAACAUAGACUUAGAUAGACAUCACAUCAUUGUAUCUGUCCCAUUAUGGCGUCUGUGAAAGCACGGGCAG